ACAUCCUCGAGGCGCGGCCCAAAUUGAUGCUCUCUAUGGUGGCGGCGAUCAUGAGCGUCUACCUGAAGACCAACGACCUCACCAAGGACGACGUGCUUCGUGAGGUGCGGCGCGGCUCCGUCGCCCUCGACUCGAUGCGAGCGUCGCAGCGCGGCUCGAGCGAGUCGCUCGGCGAGCGCACUGCGUCGACCCUUGCCGGUAAAUUGGCACAGGCGUGGGCGAGGCCGCACGUGGCACCGCGAGCCCGCCUCAACGAGGCCGAGGCGAGCAAGGUCCUUGCGUGGUCCAAGCCGCACGCCAUUAUCGAGAGUGUGCGCCGCAACCUCGAGGAGGACCGCCUCGAGGACCCGGGGAAGAGCAAGGCGGCUCAGAUCCGGGAGCGGGCGAGUGCGACGCCCAGGGCGGAGAGGGGCACGGUCAAGCGCUCGGAGAUGAGCAAGUCGUUUGCGACCAAGGUCAAGCGAGCCAAGGCGCUUGCGGUGACCUCCAGGCCCUUCGCGCCGGGCCUCGAUCCAAUGCCGUCGGCUCGCGUCGCCAUCGCCGUCGACAUCCCGCCAGCGGUGGGACUCCCCGCGGGCGAGCCGCCGCUUCCGACGGCGAGGGGAGGCGCCCCUUUGCAGCCAGCAGAGAAGCCUCCCGUCCAGGACGCGUUUGUUGUGUCGCUCGAGAUCUGAGCCGUCAGGGCGCGCCGCGGGCUGGGCGGGACUCGCGCUGCCUUUUCUGUUUUUCGCCAACGGGCGACCUCUUGCCUCUGCUGUACGUUGCGCAUGUGGUGCAUGAGAUGGGUGUCUCCUGUGAACUAUUGUGAUAG